AUGGCCCCUCACGCAGAGGAGCAUGCGGGAUCCGCUAACGGGGGUAACUCCAACGGAAACGGGAGCACUGUCCAGACUGCCGCCUAUGAUGUCUUCACAGUCAACUCUCCCAAUGUCACUUACACGGAUAACGAAAUCAAGUCCAAGUACACCUAUCGUACUACUCAGGUCGAAACAAACCCGGAUGGCAAGCUCGUGGCCACCCCGACUGAGACUCUGUACGACUUCAAGGUCGAAAGGAAGGUGCCCAAGACCGGUAUGAUGCUUGUCGGCUGGGGCGGUAACAACGGUACGACUGUCACCGCCGGUAUCAUUGCCAACCGCCGCAACCUCGUCUGGCCGACCAAGGAGGGACAGCAGGAGGCCAAUUACUAUGGCUCCGUUGUCAUGGGCUCCACAAUGAAGCUGGGAACCGAUGCCAAAACUCACAAGGAUGUCAAUAUUCCUUUCCACCAGAUCUUGCCCAUGGUCCACCCCAAUGAUCUUGUCAUUGGCGGCUGGGACAUUAGCAAGCUGAACCUUGCUGAGGCUAUGGAUCGUUCCAAGGUUCUGGAGCCCGGCCUCAAGGCUCUGGUUCAAAAGGAAAUGGCCUCUUACGUCCCAUUGCCUUCCAUUUACUAUCCUGACUUCAUUGCUGCCAACCAGGAGGACCGUGCCGACAAUUUGAUCCAAGGUAGCAAGGCUUCUCUGGCCCACGUUGAGCAUUUGCGCAAAGACAUUCGAGAGUUCAAAGAAAAGAAUGGUCUUGACAAAGUCAUCGUGAUGUGGACCGCCAACACUGAGCGCUAUGCUGACAUCAUCGAGGGUGUGAAUGAUACCGCUGAUAACCUCCUCAAGUCGAUUGAGCAGGGUCACGAGGAGGUUUCCCCCUCCACCGUUUUCGCCGUGGCCUGUAUCCUUGAGAACACUCCCUUUAUCAACGGAUCUCCCCAGAACACCUUUGUUCCCGGUGCUAUUGAGUUGGCGGAGAAGCACAAUGCCUACAUUGGCGGAGAUGACUUCAAGUCUGGUCAGACCAAGAUGAAAUCCGCUCUUGUUGACUUCCUCAUCAGUGCCGGCAUCAAGCUGACCUCCAUCGCAAGCUACAAUCACCUGGGUAACAACGAUGGUAAGAACCUGAGCUCCCAUAAGCAGUUCCGCUCCAAGGAGAUAUCCAAGUCCAAUGUCGUGGAUGACAUGGUUGAAGCCAACCAUGUUCUCUACAAGAAGGGCGAGCACCCCGAUCACUGCGUCGUGAUCAAGUACAUGCCCGCUGUAGCCGACAACAAGCGUGCCUUGGAUGAGUACUAUGCUGAGAUUUUCCUCGGUGGUCACCAAACCAUUUCGCUGUUCAACAUUUGCGAGGACUCUCUGCUGGCCUCGCCCCUGAUCAUCGACUUGGUUGUCAUGGCCGAAAUGAUGACCCGUAUCCAGUGGAAGGCUGCCUCCGCCAAUGGCUCCGACACUGGCGAUUUCAAGAACUUCCACAGUGUUCUCAGCGUCCUGAGCUACAUGCUCAAGGCUCCACUGACUCCCCCCGGAACUCCGGUUGUCAACGCUCUUGCCAAGCAGCGCGCGGCUGUCACCAACAUCUUCCGCGCCUGCGUUGGUCUCGAGCCCGAGUCUGACAUGACCCUCGAACACAAGCUUUUCUAA